UAAAUAAAGGCUGUAAGGGGAAUUUAAGUGUAUUUCUUGAUUUUACAAUAGCACUUUCACGGAAGUCAGGCUAUAUUUUGGCUUGUUAUCUGGCCAAAUCUGCCGUUUCCUGUUUAGCUCCAGCUAGUUUGAUGCAGCCGCCCCACAAUCCAGCCAUAUUGUUAUCAAACCGAGUUCUGUUGGUCCUCUGUGUGGAGCCUCAGUAAUUUUCCAUCAUGCAGCUGGAGUCUCAGCUGCGACUAUGUCAGAACUGUCUCUGGUGCUGCAAGGGUGCACUGCGGUGGCUCUCCCUGAGCUACACACAAAGAACAGCUGUGAACUACUAUGAUCUCCUGGGAGUCAAAUCUGAUGCCAGCAUGGAGGAAAUUAAAAAUGCUUUUCUUCAUAAAUCUAAGAAGCUGCACCCUGACACUGACCCAUCGAACCCAGCACUGCACAGCCAGUUUGUGGAGCUGAGCGAGGCCUACCGAGUUCUGAGCAAAGACCUGAGCAGGAAAGAGUACGACUUCAAAAUCAGACACCCAUACAGUGGGAGCCAGCCCUUCGGAUCUACUUUCAGUCACACCAGCUACAGAACCAGUACAACUGCCCAGAACAACAUGCGUUACUGGGAGCAGUUUCAUCGUGCACAGAAGAUGACGGCAAAGCAACAACAGCAGAAGAGGAAGGACAACCUCCGACUGGUGGGGUACUGCAUCAUUGCUGUGGCGCUCAGCAUCACAAGCCAUAUGGUUCUCUUCAGAAAACUGAAACAAGUUCACAAUGAUUAUAUGGAUGAGAAAGACAGAAUCAUCACACAAAUCUAUAAUGAAUCCAAAGAGAGGGCAAGAAUCAACGGUUUUAAGAAACAAACAGAAAUCCUCCGGCAGAAACAUGCUGAGUUCCUGGAGAAAUACAAAAUUCCAAGUGGCGUGGACAAGUAGGAGUGUCUCCAGCUGUGCUCGGUGACGAUAGAGUUCGAAGAGACAGCAGGAGGAAGGCAGCAGACUGAAUGUGAUACUUUUAGGAAUUUAAAGUUGUUUUCUGACCUAUUUAACAUGUGAAAGUGCCUGCAUUGGCCCUCAGAUGUGAUGCUGAGGAGCUGAUGUGCUCUAGGUGUGAUGUGGCAGGGUUUCAACAGGUUGCAGAGGUAUUAAUUUGUAACUAAGCUAUGCUGUAUAUUAGUUUGGGGCUGUUUUUAAAUGAACCGUUAUACAGUAGUUGGUAGCAUCUUUGCUUUGGUUGGACUGUAAGAAGUACAGAUCUCAGAGCUUUUUCACUGUUUGUCUAAAGGAGCUUAAUGAGUGCUGUCAGUCUUCCUCUAAUGAACCCAGAGAAACAUUUUUUUGUCAUCUGCCUAAUUGUGUUAGUGGUACACAACAUGCAGGGCUCUCAGGUGACAGCGACUUAAUAGCAGAUGAGCUAACAUGACGAGACAGUGCAAUUUUUAGUGCUAAAUGAACAUAAUAUCUUGGGUUGCACACAUAAGGUUCUCCUGGGAUUUAUGAGCUUCACUUUGUUGUAAAUGGUCUUAUAUAGUGCUUUUCCACACAUUGAAGUGCAGUCAAAGUGCUUUACACCAUUUACCCACACAAGCACACACCUGUGAUAUCGCUCAGAGUGGUUCAGUGUUUGCUCAAGGACACUUCGACAUGGACCGGAGAAGUCGGGGAUCGAACCACCCUCCCUACCGCCUAUCCGACAGCCACCCCUACUUUAUUCAGGUGGACAGUUGUGAAGCGAGCAGUAUAAUGUGCAAAAUGUUUUUAGAUUAAGUGAUGGAAACUAUUGGGCCUAUUUAUGAUUCCCAGCUGGGGACAUCACUGUCCAACUCUUCUCCGGUUGCUGUAGAAAUGCUCGCAUGUACUGUACAACAACAGCCAACUCAUAAAGUAAUUUAUUCAUUUGAAAAUCUAAAUAAUUGAUAUUAUUGUGGUUCCUUCAAAUAUUUACUGUUUUUCCUCAGUUUUUAGAUAUUAGAGGUGUGUUGGACCACCUUGCCUGAUUCCUUAAGGCAAGGCAGUGACAGAUGAUUAAAGAUUCAGCCUUUUCUCAUCAUUACU